GCGCGAGAGGGGCCGGGCCGCUCCCCCUCCCAGCAGCAGGUGGAGGGUUCCACCGGGGCCGGACGGCUUUUUCUCCCCUCCCUGGUUGUGUCUGAAGGCGAGCAACUCCGCCUCUGCCGGUGUUGGAGGUGCGGGUGCCCGUCUCCCCAUUGGGGGCUCGGGCUCCCCUCGCCAUGGCUUUCACCUUCGCUGCUUUCUGCUACAUGCUGUCGCUCGUCCUUUGCGCCGCGCUCAUCUUCUUCGCCAUCUGGCAUAUAAUCGCCUUUGAUGAGCUACGGACGGACUUCAAAAGCCCAAUAGAUCAGUGCAACCCAGCCCACGCAAGAGAGCGGCUGAGAAAUAUUGAACGUAUUUGCUUCCUCCUGCGAAAGCUGGUGUUGCCGGAGUACUCCAUCCAUAGCCUUUUCUGCAUAAUGUUUUUGUGUGCUCAGGAAUGGCUCACACUGGGCUUAAAUGUUCCUCUGCUUUUUUAUCACUUCUGGAGGUAUUUUCGUUGCCCAGCAGAUAGUUCAGAACUCGCUUAUGAUCCGCCUGCAGUCAUGAAUGCUGAUACCUUGAGUUACUGUCAAAAAGAGGCCUGGUGUAAGCUAGCUUUCUAUCUCCUUUCUUUCUUCUACUAUCUUUACUGCAUGAUCUACACUUUGGUGAGCUCUUAACUAAAAGAUCAUCAUUAAAGACUGAAUACAACAAAAGCUGUGGAGGUGCAAGGAGUGAGCCAAGUGAUGCAUGAUUCAAAGAUAAAUAAGUAAAUGAAAAUUAAAGAGAAGAAAACUUUGAACCCAAGAAGUAAAUAGAGUAUGUGACAGAGACACCAUGCAGAAGCAGAGUACCAUGAAGAAUGGCUGAGUUAACUGUUUAUCUCCUGUCUCUGUGUGUUGCAGCAAAUGACUUUCAAAACCCAAACAAAAAAAA